UGUAAUCUAAACUAUAUUUGUGAACAAGAGAAAAUUUUAUUUACUUACGUACUAUUAAUUCUUAUCAUGUCGUAAACUCUAUAAUCCAUAUCGAGUUGAUGUGGGUUGGUUCGGAAACAACUACAAAGAUAAACUGUUGCCCAACUAAGUUAACAUGUUGCAGGUUUCUAUCUAAGUGGCAUGAUCUUUCACUAAAACAUUAACAAACAUAUACCAUGGCAAAAGUAGGUGAUCGUGUUCUAUUUAGAACUGUUACUGUGUUAACAGUUAUGCUGCCACUCUUUGGCUUUAUUGUAUGUGUAGCUUGGUCUUUAAUUUUUGACUUCAAAAGUUCAACUGCUACCCAUUGUGGAGUACACAAUUACCUGCCAUCAGUAUCAGCUGCAAUUGGGGACUAUCUCCCUCAAAGAUAUAUUUGGAGAUUUGUUAUAGCAUUACAUACAAUUCCCAGGAUCCAGAUAGCCUUUGUUUACUAUGCAUACUUCAUGUCUAUUCUUGCCAAAUGGCAUGAGAAUUCUGUGUUAUUGAACUGCAUAUUGAAUCUAGUUGAAAUCUUGUCUCUAUUUGGUCUCACUUUCAUAUCCUCCACUGACAAUUAUACUAUCCACAAAUUUUUUUUUAUCACAUUCCUCCUUACUUCGACAUUUUACAUGGCUUUAUCAAUCUGUCUUCUGGGACAUCGGAUAACGGCUCCCAACGCGUUAGAAGUCAAAUCUGGUCGAUAUAAAAAACGCUUGUUUGUUACAACGCUUCUUGCUGUUUUUGGAGCCGUAUAUUUUUUUGCUCGUCACAACAACUACUGUGAACCAAUGAUGUACACAUGGUUUGCCUUGUGUGAGUAUCUGGUUAUUCUCUGUAAUAUGGCAUUCCACAUGACAGCAUAUUGGGACUUCCCGCAUCGAGAAUGGAGCCUGCGGCCAUCACCUGACGUUCGCCAACAAUUCCGAGUUUGACAUCCUGCAACACUGUAAUUUUCUCCCGCCCUUUUUCACACUCCCCCUAGCACAACUUACAUAUGUAAAGUGAUUGACUACCUUCAACUCCCAUUCUGUGAAACACUCGAUUGAACGAAGCCAAUACAUCUGGCCCCUCGUCAACGCACAUGGAGGCCAUUUUAAUUAUC